GCCGGCGCUGGUGGGACUGGACCAACACACCGCUGCACCCGGCACCUCCGAGAAGAUCAUCAGCUGGGAAUGAGGAAUAGAUCAACACCUGAAACCUGACAGCAGAUCACCUGAGACUGGAAGAUGCUUGUGGAAGUUGGUCUGCAGUAUGGGCAGAUGUGACCGGGCACCAGACAACACAACAGAACUGAACUCUACAGGGCCGCCGGCUCUCUAAAGCUGCACAGCUUGGCUGGGGUUUGCGGCAGCUUAGUACCGUAUAAAGUGGCGGGAUAUCACGUUAACAGCAGCAACCUAUCUGAAUCCACGAGUCCACCAUUUUAAUUGGGUUCUGGAAAACGGCAUGAGUCCAAUUACCCUCGGUUCCGACCACAUUAGUUCCCAAACAAAACGAAUGCGGAGGGUGAUUAUUGCUAUGGCGGGUUUCCAGUUUGUAAUGUAGGAUGAGUGCAAAUGUGAAGACCAUGGAUGUUCAACUUCUGUUGAGCUUAUUCUGCAAUGUGGACCUGCGCUCGUGUUCUCCAUUGUUUAGAACAGGGGUGUCCAAUCGUGCUCCUGGAGAUCUACCUUCCUACAGAGUUCAGCUGCAACCUUGAUCAAAUGCACCUGUCUUUAUUUGCCAAGUGCUCCUUCAUAUCCUGCUUAGUUAGUUUAGUUGUUUUUGAUAAGGGUUGGAGCUAAACUCUGCAGGAAGGUUGAUCAAGAGUAAUAAAUGGCAGAAGACAGUCAAACUACCUGCUCUACAGACACACAUGUGUGCGUGACUAUACACAAAACUAGAAUAACAGAAUCAGUGUGCGACAUCGAGAAGCUGAACAGGCUGUUUGUAGCGUCCUGAAAUCAAUAGAAGUGAAUUGGAGCGGACGUCUGGAGCCAGAAAGAUUCCAAUGGCGGCGCCUGACUACACAAAUGGCCUUUAGUUGGUUUAUUUAAUUGGAAUACAUGUAAACAUGUUGUAUGUUCAGAGUGUGGACAGCAGGGCAGGGACUGUAAAAACUCAGUGUUGUUGGCCUGAGUGAGUUCUGACGCUCUCGACACAGCAGGUCGACGGUGGGCCAUUGGGCUUCAUCAGUCAGUGUGUGCCACUGGUGUGUCUGGUGUUGUCCACACUUCACCACUUGUCAGGUAAAAGUUGGAGCUGAAAAAAAAUCUUCUCUGGAGUCCGUCGGCUGCCCUGGUUUGGAGUGUUCACUCACAGUUUUUGGUCCAGACAGGACCAGACACAAGCCAAUGCAAGGCGACAACACAAUUGGUUUUGAUUGUCACUAGUUGUUUAGCGUCGCCUUGAUGUGUUUGGAGCUCUACAGGGGAAUGAAAACCGUUUAGUCAUGUGAACCAACAGUAAAGCAGUAGGGUCAUCACAAACCCAAUGAUGCUGAUAGUGACUAUUCUCUCUGACCGAUCAGUGAUCAACAGCGUCUGUACCUCACUCUUUAGCAGUUUAACAAGUACCAGGUCUGUGUGUGUGUGUGUGUGUGGGUGGGUGUGUGUGUGUGGGUGCAGGUGUUGUACCCCGGGCAGGAUGAGGGCUGGCAGGUGUACGGCUCUGCUCAGGGCCGAUGUGUUUGCUCCAUCAAGACUCCUGUUCCGGACGCCUGCGCUGGAGACCCUCGACACACUCGCCUGCAGCAGAUCUCUGCACACGUGCUGAACGUCUCUGAGCACAUGCAGCUCCUGACUCGGCGCACCGCUGGAGAUCUGCAGGAGCUCAGAAGCUCGGAGACGAUAUUGGACACACUGGAGAAAACACUGACCAGUGCCCAGCAGAACCCGCAGGAGCUGAGCGACAGGAGCCUGCAGGAGCUGCGCUGGAGUGUGUCUCAGUGUCGCCCCCUGCGGGUGCUGCUGACUCGAGUGCGUGCGGAUGUGGCUCAGCUGGACUCUGUGCGUGACGAGCUGCAGGGGAUCAGUGUGUCGCUGUCACUGCUGCAGGAACGCUUCACACUCCAGCACUAUCAGCAGCUGCAGCAGCGCAUCUCCAUCCUGCAGCAACACCUGCACAGCUGCUCCAGCCACCUGGGUUGUGGUCAGCUGAUCAGCAUCAGUGCUCCGCUCACAGUCAGAUCUUCAGGCUCUCGCUUCGGGUCGUGGAUGAUGGAGACUUCCAUUGAAAGUUCGGACAAUCGCGUGUGGGUGAUGGAUGGAUACUUAAAGGGCCGGCGUGUGUUGGAGUAUCCGUCUCUGCAGGACUUCGCCAGUGGGCAGAACUACAUCGUCCAUCAUCUUCCCCAUGCGUGGGCAGGCACUGGUCAUGUGGUCUUCAAUGGCUCUCUGUACUACAGUAAGCAUCAGAGCAGUGUGUUGGUGCGGUACGGGCUGGCGUCGGGCUCAGUGCUGCAGCAGCGGGAGCUCCCUGACGCCGGCUUCAACAACACCUUCCCCUACUCGUGGGGUGGGGCGUCUGACAUUGACCUGAUGGUGGACGGGUCGGGGCUGUGGGCGGUCCACUCCAGCGCGGGCCGUGGCGGCACGCUCCUGCUCAGCCGUCUGCACCCGCUCAGCCUGCAGGUGCUGCGCUCCUGGGACACCGGCUUCCCCAAACGCAGCGCCGGCGAGGCCUUCCUCAUCUGCGGGACGCUCUACAUCACAGACUCACACCUGCCCGGAGCCAAGGUGGCCUUCAGGUUCCACACGCACACACACACCUACCAGUACACCGACAUCGCCUUCCACAACCAGUACUCACACAUCUCCAUGCUGGACUACAACCCGCGCACACGCGCACUCUACACCUGGAACAACGGCCAGCAGGUGCUGUACCAGCUCACACUGAUGCACUACAUACACACACACACACCACUGACUCACACACACACCAAUGACACACACGCAUGACUAGAAACACACACAAGUGACUGAAGCAUACACAUACACACACCACUA